AUGGGAGGAGGAAGCCAAAUUCCAGUAUUGAAUGGCCAAAAGCCGCCCGCGGAUCCAGGGCAGAAUGCGUACCUUCAUGCGGUGGUAGAUUUGGGCAGUAAUGGCAUCCGUUGUUCCAUCUCAGAUCUCUCCCCUCCUACGACCCGUGUCAUCCCUACUGUACAUUUUCAUCGGGUCAAUGUUUCGCUCUACGAGGCCCAACUGGAUCCCGAUUCAGGCAAUCGAAUCCCCAUUCCACAAAAUGUCAUCGACCGAAUCGUUAGUGCAAUAGUCCGUUUCCAGAUUGUUUGCGUGGAGAUUGGAGUUCCUGCUCAGAACAUUCGGAUUAUCGCCACGGAAGCAACUCGAACUGCUUUCAAUGCUUCUGAGUUCAUGGACGCCAUCCUCCACAAAACCGGGAUUGCGGUGGAAGCAUUACGAAAGGAGCAGGAGGGAGUAAUCGGAGCAUGGGGAAUUGCCAGCAGCUUCUCAGACGUGGAGGGACUCGCACUUGAUUUGGGGGGUGGCAGCAUGCAGAUGACUUGGAUCAUAUCGCAUGCGGGCAACGUGCAUAUGAGCUCCCAAGGAUCAGUCAGCUUUCCCUAUGGAGCAGCUGCAUUGACCCAGAAACUGGCCGACCUCGCACGCGGAAAAAGUAAAGAGGAUGCGCACAAAGCUCGAGAGGAGUUCCGCGAGGAAAUGGCAAACAACUUCCGCGCCGCUUUUGAUACCCUCGACGUCCCUGAGCAGCUUGUUCACAAGGCCCGAAAGCAAGGGGGCUUUCCUCUCUACCUGUCCGGGGGAGGAUUUCGGGGAUGGGGCUAUCUUCUGUUAUACCUGCACCAGACAAAAGGCCAAAGUUACCCCAUCUCGAUUAUUAAUGGGUAUUCCGCACCCAAGAAAGACUUUGAGAACACCAAAGCUCUCAAAGAGGUGGCUCGGACAGCACAUGAAAUCUUCCGGGUCUCGGACCGGCGACGCAGGCAAGUCCCCUCGGUGGCAUUCUUAGUCAAUACCCUGGCGCAGUCAUUACCGUAUGGAAUCAAAGAGGCCCAUUUUUGCCAAGGUGGAGUUCGGGAAGGAGUGUUAUUCCGUGAGAUGCUCCCGGUUGUCCGUCGGCAGGACCCCUUGGAGGUCGCCACGGCCCGUCACGCGCCUUCGUCGGCCCAGGCACUGGCCGCUUUAUUGUUGGCGGCCCUUCCUCGACCAUCUGCCAGCCGAUCAUUCCCGCCUUCCAUCAGUCUUCACCUUAUCCAGGCCUUUGCUAAUUCCCUCUAUUAUCAUGCCACAAUGGCCAAAGAACUUUCCUCAAGUGCCGCACUGUACAGCACUAGCACUGGGAUCCUAGCCUCCACGCAUGGUAUUCCACAUGACCACCGUGCCCUCCUGGCACUGAUGCUCCAGGAACGUUAUGGCGGAGAACUGCCACCCAGAGACAUGGAUUUGAAGACCCAGCUACAAGGAACCUUGACACCGGAGGAAGUUUGGUGGACACGUUACCUUGGAAAACUCGGCCUCGUCCUAGCCCAGCUGUACCCAACCGGGCGUGUCGACACCUCUAAGCCUCGCAUUGUUCCCUCGGCCCGAUGGAAGAAGGGCAUGGGGAAGAAGGGCAAGAAAGAAGGCCUGGACUUGACAAUUGCCAUCCAGAAAGUGGCUGAUGACCCGUCUCACCUGAGAGAAGAGCUCGAAAAUGACGUGCAGAAAAUCCAGAAGGUCGGAAAGCGGAAGAAUUGGAUUGGUGGGCGAGAUGGCUGGGGCAUCAAAGUGCGUGUCUCAGUGGUAGAAGAGGAUUUACUGGUGACUGGAGAAACAUAG